AUGUGCCAGUACGAGAACAUCCACUAUGGUUGCGGGCACACCGUUCGCCGCUUGAUCAAACACUGCCACUUCGCCCGCAACGACCCUAACCACCAAUGCUUCGGUGCCUGGUCCGUCAAGAGAGAGUGGUCGAACCCUACCGAGUAUUGUCGCAACUGUGCGUACUAUGCCAGACAGAGAGCUUAUGGUCAUGCUCGUUAA